GGCCUCCAAUAAUGCCAGGCUACUUAUAUCCCACCCAGGGCCCAUUCUAUGGCUCAAAGGUUGUCGGUUUCAGCAUCAAUAUCACCAUUGCACCAUGUUUCGUUCCUUUUACUCUCUGGCGGCGCUUGCCCUGCUAUUUUUGGGGUUGGCGUUAGCCGAUGACAAGACUCUAACGGAUAAGCUGGUAAAUAUCUACAAAAACAACACGCUUAGGAGGCUUCCAACUACUGGCGCCUGCACGGCCAAGAACAUACGAGUACGCAAAGAAUGGGGUAACUUGAGCUCGGCGGGCCGACUGGACUACAUCAGAGCGGUUAAAUGCCUAAAAACCUUGCCAUCCAAGAUCGAUCCCGCCAAGGCGCCAGGUGCCCGUACCCGCUACGACGAUUUCCAAGCUGCACACAUUAUUCAGACCACAGUCGUCCAUGGAACAGGCUCCUUCUUCGCUUGGCAUCGUCACCUCAUAUGGCUCUACGAGACCGCUCUCCGCAAUGAAUGUGGUUACCAUGGGUAUCAGCCUUACUGGGACUGGUCCAAGUACGCCAACAAGUCGCUAUCGGCCAAUCCGUUGAUUGACGGCUCCGCCACGUCCAUGUCGGGCAACGGCAAGUAUAUUGCCGGCCGCAACGGGACUCUUCAGCCCUUCCCCAUUCCCGUCGAGAACCCCCCAGCUCUCUACUGUCCUCCAGGCACAGGUGGCGGUUUCGUUUACAAUGGUCCUCUCGUCGACUGGAAGUUGAACCUUGGGCCGGUUGUGAACAAUGUUGUAACCAACGGCCUCCACGUCAACCCCAAUCCCCGCGCGGACGGCCUCGGAUACAAUCCGCGCCGUCUUAUUCGUGACUUCAAUAAUACUCUCCUCCAGGACAACACCUAUGCAAUCGUCAACAAGAUGCUUGUCAACAUGACCAGCAUGCACGAGUUCCACCCCUACUUCUUCCAGGUCCCGCACACCGCAGGCCACCUGUUCAUCUCUGGCUACGAUAACGAUCUUUUCACUUCCCCGGGUGAUCCCCUGUUCUACUUCCAUCACGCUCAAGUGGAUCGUAUAUGGGCUCUUUGGCAGGGGAUGGACUUUGCAACGAGGGAAUUCGCCCUUGACGGAACGUUGACUAUGCUGGACCUUCCCCCGACCCGAAAUGCGACGCUUGACGAUCUGAUGAAGUUCGAGUUCUCUCCGGAUAUUUCCAUCAACGACAGAAUGAGCCCAACCGCACACGGGCUCUGCUACAUAUACGAGUAAGCAGAUAUAAACAGAGGGCAUACCAAGGACAUGGGCAGCACCAGUGACUUUGGUGAAGAGCGAUUUAAAUUGUGGAGAACCUUCCGACAUGGAGCACAUGCACUUAUGUACAAAUCGGGAUGGGGCGGAGAGAAGACUGGGUCCGCUUAUAUGACUUGCAUGUCCUAAAUUCGCAUCAUUUUGCCUUGUACGGACAAGGGAAGAUGACUCCAAUCAAUUCUUUAUUGACGUGUAAAUCCUUUGUCUCUUUCAUCUAUUUUUAUUUAUUAGCAAGCGGGUGGCUGUAGUAAUGGUGAAUCACGCCGCCCCCAAUUUUGGAUAAUCACAGCCUCCCGUGCCGCCCGAAAGUCUAUGCAAUACAAAGUCCGUGCUUUGACUUAUUAUCAACAACAAUAAAUUCCUACAGGUUACGGCAACGAUAAAGUACUGGCUUUAUAGGUGAUUAUCAUUUUAUUUCAGUUCGUAGGAAAAAAAUUAGUAUUUAAAGUUUUAAUCAAAAAGGAG